CGAGAUGUCUGCUAUAAAGGCCAGCACUGACACACUUGGCUCAUGAAUCCCUGAGGACAGCGACAGAGAAGCUAGAGGUACACAGCAAUGACGAUUAUGAUUAAGUUAGUUCUCCCACUUCUUGUGGUACUCCUGGUCUCCACAGAGUCUGAGAGCCUAAAGCUUGGUCGCUUAUUUGGCAAACGUCCUUCAGGAGGAUUCAGCUUUGCUGAUUUGGCAAAUAAAAUUCUUUCUAAGCUUCCAUUUAAGAUUCCCGGAUUUGGACAACAGAAGCCAGUUUCACCGACAAGUACACCUUCUCCUGAUGGCUUGCCUUCAUUCUGUUCUAAGCACGACUGCCCUCGAUUCUAUGAAAAGAUCAAUGCAUCGGAUUAUACUUUACGCUGUUAUCCGAAGCCAUACAAAUGGGUCUCAACCACUGUCGAAGGCCAAGCUUCCAAAGACGCCAGCAGAACUGCCUUCUGGAAACUUUUCAGAUACAUCCAAGGCAACAACGAAGGAGGGAUGAAAAUCGAGAUGACAGUACCAGUGACAAACAGCAUGCAGUUGGAGGACCCUGAAUCGAACACCUUCUACAAGAUGAACUUCACCAUGAGUUUCUUUAUCCCUUACAAGCAUCAGGAAGACGCUCCUGCUCCAUCCGAAGAGGACGUUCAUCUGUCAGUCGUGCAGCCCUUCUGCGCGUAUGUAAAGGUAUACGGUGGUUUUUCAAACAUCAGGAAGGUGAAGGAAAACUACGACGCUUUGGUGAGGUCGCUGAAAAGGGAUGAACUUGAUGGGGAUAUCUCCACCGAUACGUUCUACACUGCUGGUUACAACAGCCCAUGGGAGUUAUUUAACCGCCGUAACGAGAUUUGGAUCGUGAGUAAGACGCACAGCCCAAAUUCAAGUGAGGAGAUUGAAGAAGAUUUUGAAAUCGGCAAUUUCGACGAAGGAAGUGUUACGCGGACAAGUGUUGUGAAGCUUUUCAAAAAGAUGCAGCGCCUCAUCGCCCUACUUGCUGUUGUCCUUCUGGCAUUUACCGAAGCAAAACCGAUGAACGGCGAACCAGCGUUUUGCAACAGAAUUGAAUGCCCCCACUUUAAAACUGUUAACAAAACAGCUAAUUAUGAACUCCGGUGUUACAAAGAAGACUACAAGUGGGCCUCUACAAUUGUAGCUGGUUACGAGUACGACAAGGCUGUUAGUAUGGGUUUCGAGCGACUGUUUGCUUACAUAGAGGGCGGAAACGUACCAAAGAAGAAAAUCCCCAUGACUGCCCCAGUUGCUGUAGAAGUCCAACCAGGACAGGGUCCUUUCUGCAAAAACAACUUCACAAUCAACUUCUUUGUACCUUUUGAGGAUCAAGAAAACCCUGCCGCACCUACAGACAAGGAUGUCUACAUCUCAACCUUAAAAAGGUUCUGUGCAUACGUUAUAGUGUAUGGAGGCUUCUCCAAAAUUAACAAAGUUCAGGAGUACUCUGAAAAAUUGAGUGAAGACCUUGUGAAGGAUGGACUUGGUGAUUCAUUUAGGAAAGACAUAUUUUUCACUGCUGGCUAUGAUAGCCCUUUUAAACUUUUUAACCGCCACAACGAGAUCUGGUUCAUUAAAAAAGACUCCCUUUUUAAACCCAUUCUCUUCUAAGCAUGCAUUCAACCAUUGGCUUCCUAAGUUAGCAAAGAGUUUACAAUUUAUGACUUAUUUUGAGCAGAAUGGAAGAGUCAUCUUUUUGAUAGAAAAGUUAUAAAAAUUUGCUUUUAGUCAUCAAAUUUUGUUAUUUUAUUGGUUUCAUAAGUUAGGUAAUAUGCUGAAUUUUAUAACUAUUCUUAGCAAAAUGAAGGAGUCUCCUUUUUGAUAGAAAAGUUAUAAUUUUUUCUUAUAAUCAAAGUUUGUAAUUUUUAUUGGUUUCAUACAGUAGCUAAUAUGCUGCAUUUGUAACUAUUCUUAGCAAAAUUUGAGGAGUCAUGCUCAUGCUUGAAAAGUUAUCAAAAUUUGUUUUUAAUUAACAAAGUUUGUGUUUUUUAUGCACAGU